ACUUGCGGGCCCGUGCAAGCAAGGCUGGCGAGACAAAAGGGAGGGACCCGGGCAGUCCCGCCCCCGAGCCCCGCCCCAAGCGGCCCGCGCGGGGUGUCAGACUCGCUAUCCCGGGUGGUCCCUGGCGCCGACGCCAUGUACCCCGCGAGCCCUUCAGCCGGCCCAGCCUUGCACCCGGUCCCUCAUCGCGCUCGUCUUCCCCGGCCCCGGUGCCUUGCGGAGCCACCGCGAUCGCCGGCGCCCGGCCCGGGUUCUACAGCGCGCCCACCGCCCCCAGCACCCGGGCCGCGGCCCCGGGUGGCCGUGAAGAUGACUUUCCGUAAGGCCUACUCCAUCAAAGACAAGCUACAAGCCAUCGAGCGCGUCAAGGGCGGUGAGCGGCAGGCCAGCGUGUGCCGCGACUUUGGCGUGCCAGGAGGCACACUGCGCGGCUGGCUCAAGGACGAGCCCAAGUUGCGCUGGUUUUUGGACCAGCUAGGUGGAGAAGUGGGCACGCAGCGCAAGAAGAUGCGUCUGGCCAACGAGGAGGAGAUCGACCGCGCCGUCUACUCGUGGUUCCUCACCUUGCGCCAGCACGGCGUGCCACUGUCCGGACCAGUUAUCCAAGCUCAGGCUGAGGCCUUUGCUCGCCAGAUCUACGGCCCCGAGUGUACCUUCAAGGCUAGCCACGGCUGGUUCUGGCGCUGGCAGAAGCGCCAUGGCAUCUCUAGCCAGCGCAUCUAUGGUGAGGCUGAGCCCCCGGUCGCAGGACCCGCGCCUGUCAAAGAGGAGCCUGCGCAGCCGCCGAGCGCAGGUCUUCUACUUGACGGUGCGCCGGCCACUCUACCCCAUUCCGAGGGUGGCUAUGGCGACGAGCAGAUCUACAAUGCUAACGUUACUGGUCUUUAUUGGAGGUUACUUCCGGAGCAGAACGCAACUCCGGGCACUGGCGACUCCAGGGAGCCUGGUGGGUGCAGCCGGCGCUGGCGUAGCGACCGAGUGACAGUACUGCUGGCCGCCAACCUGACGGGCAGCCACAAGCUAAAACCACUAGUCAUCGGGCAGCUACCAGACCCACCCAGCCUGCGUCACCACAACCAGGACAAGUUCCCGGCCUCCUACCGCUACAGUCCAGAUGCCUGGCUCAGCCGCCCUCUUCUUCGGGGCUGGUUCUUCGAGGAAUUCGUCCCUGGUGUCAAGCGCUACCUGCGCCGAAGCUGCCUGCAACAGAAGGCUGUGCUGCUGGUGGCCCAUCCACCCUGUCCAAGCUGGACAGGGAGCAUGCCUGCCGUGGAGGAGAGCGAGGGGACUCCCAGGCAGUGCCAGCCUGAGCUCCUUGGGUCCCCAGAGGAGCUUCAAACACCUGAUGGUGCGGUUCGAGUCCUCUUCUUGUCCAGGGGCAACAGCCGAGCACACAUCCCUGCACCGUUGGAGCAUGGUGUGGUGGCAGCCUUCAAGCAUUUGUACAAACGGGAGCUCCUGAGGCUUGCCGUGUCUUGUGCCAGUGGCUCUCCUCUGGACUUCAUGAGGAGCUUCAUGCUCAAGGACAUGCUAUACCUGGCUGGCCUCUCUUGGGACUUGGUCCAGGCAGGCAGCAUAGAGCGCUGCUGGCUGCUGGGUCUGCGAGCAGCCUUUGAGCCUGGGCAGCAGCCUGCCCACCAGGUAGAGGAGGCUGCUGAACACAGCAGGAUGCUCAGUGACCUCACACAUCUGGCAGCUCUGGCUUACAAACGCCUGGCACCUGAAGAGGUGGCAGAGUGGCUACACCUGGAUGAUGAUGGAGGUCUCCUUGAGGGUUGCGGAGAAGAAGUGGCCCCUGCAGCUCCUCCAUCCCCAGCUAGCCUGCCCUCCAGCAUUGGGGCUGGAGAGGAGGAGGAGGAAGAGGCCACUGAACAAGGAGGAGUUUUGGUCCCCACUGCUGGGGAAGCUGUUUGGGGACUAGAGACAGCUCUGAGGUGGCUGGAAAGUCAGGAUCCUAGAGAAGUGGGACCGCUGAGGCUUGUGCAGCUACGGUCCCUCAUCACCAUGGCACGGAGGCUUGGGGGCAUUGGCCCCUCAGCAGCAGCUUCUGAUGAUGGUGUGUGACUACCCUGGCCCAGUGGCCUCUCUCCUGCCGCACUGGGAGAGAGGGGGCAUACACAGUUCUCCACCUUCCACCUUUUCUCCCUGGUAGUCCACUGUAGAGGUCCAGGGAUGCAAGCCAGCCCAGCUUGGAGGAUGAACUACCCGGUGAUCCACAGGGUCCUGGAGAAGUAGCUAAAAGAAGCAAAUUGUUCUUCCCUGGGUAGGCACAUGUGGGCACAUAAGCACAGCACCUACUGGAGAACAGUUGACUGUACUUCCAUUCUGGCCCCUAUGGGGCACGCGCGAGCACACACAUGCACACGCACAGGCACACGCACACACAUCCUGGCCUCCAUGUGCUCUGGAUGAGGCUGCUGUUUCAUCUGCCUCCCUGGUGCUACCUGGUCUCAUCUCCGUGGGGAAGCACUUGGUUUUGUUUUAAAAACACAUUAAACCUGUUUGGAAAGAUGCUCUUCCUAGGGAACCACGAGUGCUGGCAUGGUGAGGUGGUCUCUGGGCUCUUCUGCCCUCGCCCUAAUAACUGCAGGGCCUUAUGGUGCCGGAUCAAAGCUCCAGUCCCAGGCCUGAGGUGGUACGCUCCCAGGAGAGUGGGAAGGGGGAAAUGGAAGCCCAGUGCUGGCUAAGGUUUUGGAUGCAGAGAGUAAAGUAAAUUCUAUUCUACUUAGAUCUUUAGUGCCUCCUCUAAAAACUCCAUUCUGGAUAGGUCUUCUAUUCACGAGGUUGGCAACUGUUUGGAUUUGGACCCAGGUGGCUUGACCAGUGGGCAGGACAAACCACAAAGCACUUUGUCUAGCUCCAGGGCAAUCUGAUCUACCUGGAAACAAGUCAUAGCCUUUGCAACCAUCUGGAGAGGCUGCAGUGCCUUAGAGUCAACCCCUCACCUCAUGGGCUCUUCCCCCUAAACUUGUCCACCAGGAAUUGCCAAGGGUAUGGCUCAGGAGCAAUCCUGGACGGCCCAGGUUGAAGGAGAAAAGGCUCAAAGGAAUGACCACAUUUUGUAUCACUCUGCUGCUCUGUCCAACUGUGGAUUCAGAUUACUGCUGGCGGUCUAGAGCUAAGGGACCUGCGUCUUAAGGAGGGGCGCUGUGUCUUUGCAGAAACACUGUCCUGAGCCCUUGUCCUAGUACUCUCCCCUCAUCUUCCCAUCUCCUAGUCUGAGCCUUGAAAACUUGAAGUGGAGAAGGGCAGGGGGUGUAACAGCUUGGCAAUGGGCAGAGCCUUGAGUGAGGUAUGCAAAAGUGAUUUCCAUGGAGGUCCAAGAAUUCAGCUCCUUGGAGCCACAACAUCCCAGUCAAAAGUCUGUUUAAAUAUCAAAAGCUGAGGGAAAGCAAGGAGCAAGGGAACUGGGGCUCAGGGAGCAGACUCCAUCUGUGCACACUAGGGCCCAUCUGACCAUAGAAGUACCCAGCCUCCCCAGUGAAGACCUAGGGAACCUCGUAGCUGGCUGGGGUCUGGAACACUAGCUACUUGGGUGGGUUUUCAAAAGUCUAAAGUGUCUAUACCAGCAGCCUCCAUAUCAGCCUAGCACUCGGUUAGGAGCUACCAUCCAGCUGUGACAGACCUACAAUCUGCAGAGGCAGAUCUGGGCCUUGGGUGUACAUUCAGACUGAGUAGCUUCCAGUAGCUGUUCUUAUACACAUACCAUUCUUCUGGAGAGGUUUCAAUCUGGCCUUGGCCCAGAUAGACUAGAGUUGGCAGAGACUAGGGCUCAGGAAUAAGACCUCUCUCACCAGCCUCUCUUAACAGUUCAAGCCCCUUUCACUUGGGCACACGAGGCCCAGGAGGUUGUUAGGGCCCUGUAUUGCGGUUGUCCUAUAAACAAGCAAGUGAGGCCUGGCUGAGUUACAGAGAGUUCCUGUCAGGUUUGUGUCUGUGUGCUAUCAUUAACUGGGCUAGGGAGAUCAUGAUGAGGCUCAAAGGUGUCCUCUCAGCCUAGGGAUGUAGUGCAGUGGUAGGGUGCUUGCCUAGGAUGCCUAAGGCCCUGGGUUCAAACAACUGCUCUACAAUAAAAAAAAAAUGUCCAAUUAGAAUGAAA